CGUCCUUGCUGGGUUGCGGGGCGUGCUCCAGCACAGCUGCCGGCUCCUCCUAGAAGGUUGCUGGGGUCUGACUCACCACGGGGGGCCUGAGGCCUCUGCUGGGAGCCGCAGGCAGUGUUUUGCCCUCGUGGCUGACGUUUGCUCUGCUCUGCAUUGCCUUGCCUUGCCUCGCAUUCAAAUGAUUGCUCCCGCCUUACUGAGACAGGCAUCUUAUGGCACCAUAAAGAUCGGCAUUUACCAGAGCAUGAAGCGACUGUUUGUGGAUCGUUUGGAAGAUGAGACGCUGCUGCUCAAUGUGAUCUGUGGAGUGGUUUCAGGAGUCAUCUCAUCUGCAAUUGCCAACCCGACAGAUGUGCUGAAGAUUCGAAUGCAAGCUCAAGGUAGCUUAUUUCAGGGAGGCAUGAUUGGAAGCUUCAUUGAUAUUUACCAGCAGGAAGGCACACGAGGUCUCUGGAGGGGUGUGGUCCCCACUGCACAGAGAGCUGCCAUCGUGGUUGGAGUGGAAUUGCCAGUCUAUGACAUCACCAAGAAGCACUUAAUUCUGUCAGAGUUGAUGGGAGAUACAGUUCUUGCCCACUUCAUUUCCAGUUUUACGUGUGGGCUGGCUGGAGCCAUUGCCUCCAACCCUGUGGACGUGGUGCGGACCCGAAUGAUGAACCAGCGAGCAGUAGUGGGGAGUGUGGAGCUCUACAAAGGCACUUUGGAUGGUCUUGUGAAGACUUGGAAGAGCGAGGGGUUCUUUGCCCUCUAUAAAGGAUUCUGGCCCAACUGGCUUCGGCUUGGACCCUGGAACAUCAUUUUUUUUAUCACCUACGAGCAACUGAAGCGACUCCCUUUCUAAGGGCUGGCCCUGAUCUGCAAGUACCAUCUUCAAGAUGCACAGCUGGAAACGAGCAAUCCAAGAGUGCGGUCACCACCACCCCUUCCCCUCAUUUCACUCUCCCUGAGAUGUCUUGUCUCGGCAUAUGUGGAUUGGGACCCACAUGCCCACUGAAUGCAUGGUCCCUGAAGCAUGUCUUGGCUGGAGCAGAAUGAGGAGCUGGAGGAAGACGGUGUUUCCCUCUGGGGGAAGGAUCAAAUGUGCAACUGUUUGGGCCUGAAUUGGCAUCUUCUGUGAAGAUCAGUGCAUUAUGGUGUCCUUGCAAUGCAGGUGUUUGUUCAGUUGGGUUUGUGAGUUUCUGAGCCCUGCCUAAAGACAGGACAUAAGGUGGGGGCCAUAGUGGGUGCCACUGUGUUUUCCUGCAGACAUGUAACUUCAUUAAACUAUUUAUUGACAGGACUGUUUGGGUUAGUCCAUACUUCUGGCUUCCUGUCUGUCUCCUGCUUCACUUAUCACACUGUUCUCUCUGACAUGCUCAGCUGUGUGCUGAAAUGGCCAAAGGCAUUACAUAUGCAGUAGAGCAGAACUAUCAUGACACGUAGGUCUUUGUUCUCAAAGCAUCCAGCCUUCAAAGACACUGCCCAUCAGCAAGUAUUAGACUCAGCUCGUGUCUGCAGUACCUCCAGGACUGGGAUUUUUCAGGUGUGCAAGCUGAGUGAGUCUAGGCAGGCUGGGUAGUUCUACGUGUGAUAUUGUGGUCAUUGCGUCUUGGUUCUGGUAGGUUUAAAAUGUGGCUUAAUUCUAAGAAUGGCCCCCCUCAUCCAGCAGCUCUGGCCUUUGGGGCUUGUUUGCUGAAGUGCUGGAGUGCUUCAAAAUCUUAGCGAUCCUUUCCCUCUCUUCCCCUUCUCACCGCUAAACCAGGAGAGGAGUAAGGUAGUGGGGGGCGUGGGGCUUCUGGGCUCCUGGUUCAGGGUGGGUUCUGGGUAGUGGAGGUGGAGUGCAUAGGAAAGCAUUAAUUGACUGGCUGCCCAAUUCUCUUCCCUUGCCCUGCCUACACCCUUUGGUUUGAAGUUGCUAAAACGGCUAGAAGCAAAAGCUUAAACUCCUGUUCCAGCAGUUUAUUUGAAUUAUUAUAGAACUUGAGUUGCAUGAAUAGUUCUACAAACUUCACUGGCCCUAGUGCUUAUAAUAUAUAUACACAAGCACUUGCCAUGUAGUUAUUUGCAGUCUAAUAAGUAUUUGAUUUAAAAAAUAAUGCUACUUCCAUUAACAGUUGCAUAUCUUAACAUUUCUUCAGUCUUAAUAAUGGAAAAUCUAGGAUAUUAGUAUAUUAAGAUAAAAUUGUUCACAUAAAAGUACAAUUUGAUAAUUGUUUCCACAUCCAUCUUAAUUUCUUAAUAUGUGAAUUUCCUGAAUAUUUAAAAGCAGCAAUUCUUUUUCUGCUAUGGGCCGACACAGGCGCGCAUAGUAGUUUGAUCGCAACACUUUUCUAUCCAUUGCAGUUCAGUAGAGGUUUAUUUUCAGUUUUCUUUUACCCAUACACAGAUCCAUCCCUCUGCCUCCUCUGAAGGGCAUACCCCAACCAGAAAUAUCCCACCAUCCCUUCCAUGGGGAGACUGCCUCCCCCACCCAUUGCACACCUAUCAUAUCCUUUUACCUCUAGCAUCCUGUGCUCUCUGACUUAAAGAAGGCCCAUCAACCUUCCACUUGUCAUUCCAGUUCUGCUCCUGUGAGCAAUUGUAGCUGCUGCUCUUUCCGUUAAAUUAGUCCUUGCACCCAGUGGCUGUACUUGUUGCUGUUGCCUGUUGCAGGGGAGUAGGGGCCUUCUGUGCCCACACAAGGGGGAGGGAGUUUUAGCAGCAGCUGCCUCUUUCCCCCUCUGUAUGUCCUCUCCCUCCUCUUGGCUUCCUAGCCUAGCCCUUUAGGGAAGAACCCUGCCCCCUUUCCUCUGGAAAGAGGGAAAGUCCCACCUCUCUGACUUCAUUUUCCCAUCCUUCCUUCCUACACCCCAGGCCUUUGGAGAGAAGAACUCCCGUUUCCCUUUUCCUACACAGUACCUUCUCAGCCUCACCUCUUCCCUCUCCAAAUAGGUCUCUCUGCUCCCAUCUCUCCCAUCAUGCCUUCCAGCUCUCCCCAUCUAUAAAGUACCUACUUCUUGAAUGGAAUAAAACCUUGAGCUGUCUGUCCUCUUCUUUCAUCUGUCCUGCCCCUCCAAAUCCUGGCUUUUCUUUCAGUUCUCCUGCCAGGGAGAAGCCCACUAUCCCAGUUCCUGCCCCUCCAUUCUCUGAGAAUAUAAACACUCCUUCCCUUUCAGGUCUCCCCAAACCCCAGGGUGUAUCUAUAUAGUCUUCACCCCUUCCCUUUUAUCCUAUCCAUCUGUCCCCUCCUUACACCCCUUCUCUGUCACCAUGAAGAACAUACCCACACUUUACCUUAUACCUAGUCUUCCUCCCCUCCCCUCCCCUCCCCCAGCACUUGUCUAUGGUCCCUUCCCUUAAAUCAAAGAAGUCCUACCUCUCCUCCAAGUGUCCCUUCCCCAUCACCACCUUUCCUCCAGACCCUCUUCCUCUUACUCUGCACUUCUUCCCCAGGUCCCCCCCUUCCAGGAGAAAGGCUCCCCCUUUGCAUCUCCUUCCCUACAACCUUUCCAUUCCUGCAAAAGAGAGAAACCCCCUUCCCACAGGUACCCUCCACUGCCAAGUAAUUCCCCUGCCGCCUUUUCCUCAACUCUCUACCUUCAGCCCUCUCCAUUCCUCUUCUCUUUUGCCAGUCACCCUUUAAAGGACUAAAGCCCUUGCAUUUCUUUUCUGUGUUUUUCCCCUCCCCUCACUUCCUAGCUGCCAUGAAGAGACUCCUAUUCCCCUUAAGCUCCUUUCCCUUGUUUCCCUCAACUCAUUUCCUUUCUUCUACUCCUAAAGGGAGCUUCCAGCUGCCACAGAGGCUGCCCAGCUCUCCCACAGGCCCAGGGGUGGUCCCUAUCCCUCUUUCUCCAGACACUAAAGAGAACCUGCCCCUCUCCUAAAAAAAACAUUUCUCAAAAAAAACUUCCCCUGCUAGCUGCAAUUGAGAACCUCCCCUCCUUGAUCCUUCCAGUUAUGCAUCAUGGAAAGAGGGAGAGACGAAUCAAGGCAGUAAACAGAAGACUUCAGCACUGGUGCCACCGUGAAGGCUUCUGCUUCUAUGACCACAGUCCGCUCUUAAGAGGGAGAGGCAGUGGUCUGUUGGGAAGAGACGGCCUCCACCUCACUCCACUGGGGAAGAAGCUCUUCUCAGCCAGAGAAGGUGCAGGGGUUCCUGGGAAACUGCACCUCAAGCUGCUGACAAGCAAAACGUGGGGGAUGUGUGAGUGGAGGUGUUUUUGUGAGUGAGUUAGUUAAGGUGUGCCCUCACUGGUGCUGGGGCCCCUACAAGAGACAGUAGUGUGCCUCAAUGAGGCUUUCUCCUCCCCUCCAGCCUUAAUCCCAUCCUCCACUUUAAAUGAUAACAGGCAAUUAGUAAGCAGCACAGUAGCACCAGCAGCAUCUCAGGCAGCCAAACUAUCACAGUCAAUAUCAGAGCAGUUCUUCCC